AUGCCACAUGACGAGCAAGCCUCGAAACACUUCGCAAGCUCGACAGACUUCCAAGCCUGCUCUGUGAGGGAGCCAUCUAUCUCGGAGCUCGCUGGUUUGGAUAUGGGUCGGCCACCUAAGGAUAAGAAAGACAGAGAUGAAAGGUGGAAUCGGGGGAGAGACAACCCACGCAUCCUCGCUGCGAGCCUUUCGAUGCAGGAACGCGAUGCUCAAACCCUCCCCGCUCCUAUUACUACGCCGCCGACUCUGGACCCCCAUCGCCCUAUAUCCGGAACUACUGUGAAGAGAACAUGUAAGGUCCAGGCGAAAAAUGGUACCUGGCGCACCGUCGACGCAAUCUCUACUCACCGGAAGCGCCAAAAGGAUGGCGAGUUGUAUCUGGGUGUCACUAAAGCUCUUGCUUCUCGGCUCGGAUACAAAAUCAAUCGCCUUGGGAAUGGAAAGCGGCUACAGCACGACAUGAAGACGGGGCUGAUAAAGUGUCGUGGCACCAUCAGCCUGCCGUUUUGGAAGGCGAACGGACAACAGAGUGUGGAAGUGGUUGGUGUCUGGGAUGGCCCCAAUUGUUCAUUCGAGGUCAUGGUUGACGAGGGCGCCGUCAAAGAAUAUACUAUGCCUAAACGCCCCUCAACAACGAACCAUACCGCUAUUGGUGUCUUGCACUCGCCGCACCCUCAUAUCCCACCGCCCCAACCCCCUUCGUUCAUGCCAACUGGUACUACCUCGUAUAUCGGACAGGUCAACGAAAAUCAGACCAGCGGGCAGGCCAACGAAUACCCGGCGAAUCAACAGGCCAAUGAAUGUCUAGCGAAUCGGCAAUUAUUUGCAUAUCAGGCAGAUCAACAGCCUUACGGAUACCAGAUGAAUGAGGAGGUGGCGGCGCGGGGAGGUGGCAACUUCCCGCCCGCCUUCUCGGGUUUAUCAAAUUCCUACUAUGGAAGUUUGGAGCAGUGCUAUCCUUUUCGGUUUGAUAACAAUGCCAACAAUGCCACCAACAAUGCGCAGGACUACGAGACCUCGGACACUACACGUGUGCCAGACGGGCAGUCCAUCCACUUCAACUCUCAACCCACUGCUGCUCUUGGGGUUGAUGAAUUUGAUCUUUGGCUUCAGGCGCCUGCUCUCAUGCCAGAGGAAUAUAACCAUGUUUCUCAGAAUGCUUACUCUCAUGAUGCACCACUGGCUGCUGCUGCCAAUAAUACGCCGUACAACCAGGCCCCCCAAAUUACAGAUCAAACGGAUGUUACACGUUCAUUCGAUAACCUUUUCAACGACGAACAGGGUGGGGUGGAGAGUAUGGUGGACCUCCAAACCCAGCAGCCUGCGAACCCUCACGCCUCUCGGCCUGGGGAUCAUGAAACCUCUCAGCCCCGGGACUACCAAACACCUCAGUUUGAAGACAACCAGCCUCCCCAGCCUUGGAACUGGUUCGAUAUGCCAUAG